AUGGGUCGAAAAGCUAAAUAUCUCACCCUCGCAGAGAAAUCUGCUGCAUUACACAAACAGAAGGCGAACUACACACAGUCCAAGAGGGGAAUAGCUGCUCGCCGACUUCGACGUUCACAGAACUACGCCAAAGAACAUAGCCGCAAAGGCUCGUCAAAGCCAUCCCCAGUAUCAUCUCAGCUCCCACCCUUGCCUCAAGCUCUCAUCAAUCUUGCAACCACAUCCCUUCCAGACAGUUAUCUAUAUCGUUGUGCUUCUCAAAGUGCAGAUAAUCUGGAUGAAUCGGAGCUCCCACAAUGGGACAUUAAUCCACCCUACGCUACACCUCAUCCAUCUGAUACUGCUGCAGAGGCUCGCUUCACAGAAAACCUGGUGCAGGUCAUGCACGGCCGUAACUCGCGCUUGGAGAAGGAACAGUUGCAACAACGUGCACAGAAGUACACUGCAGGAGGAAUGAAUGGUCUAUGUACAGAGUUGAAAGAGGCUAUUGGCACGCUGCUGGGACAGUGGACUGUGAUAGACACAUCAAGAUGGCUCGAUGCCUCUUGCAAUGGCGUGCGCGCACGAUUUAUCUCUAUCACACCAAGGUUCAGAAGAUGUUGA